AUGAAGGCACUAGCUUUCUAUGUGUUUUUAGUCUCUUGCCUGGUCAAAGACUCCUCAAUGAUAAUUAGGAAGCACUACAUUGCAGCAGUGGAGUUUAACUGGGAUUACAGGAGCAGCAAUCUCCUAUCAUGGCUUGGAAUCGGAAAUGUGAGGGAAAAAUUUACAACCAGUACCUUUCCUCAGUACAGAAAGGCUGUUUUUAUGGAAUUCAAAGAUUCUUCCUUUCUCAUACCAGAAGAAAAGCCCCAUUGGAUGGGGAUUCUUGGUCCUACCAUUCGAGCAGAAGUUAAUGACAACGUUGUAAUCCACUUUAAGAAUCUAGCAUCCCGACCUUACAGCAUUCAUCCAUUUGGGAUCUCCUAUUGGAAGAUGUCUGAAGGAGCAUCAUACAAUGAUCAUACUUCCACAUAUGAAAAGAAAGAUGACUUUGUAGCACCCAAUGAAGAACACAUAUACGUCUGGGACAUAAAUUGGAACCUUGGUCCAAUGAAUGGUGAUGCUAACUGUCUCACCUAUGCCUACUCUUCACGGGUGGACCCUGUGAGGGAUUUCAACUCGGGUUUAGUUGGAGCAGUCCUUGUGUGUAAGCAAGGAACUCUAAAUCAACUUGGAAAGCAGAUUAAUCGACAAGAGUUUGUGCUUUUGUUCUCGACCAUUGAUGAAAGUAAAAGUAUGUACCUUGAAACAGAUAGAAUUAAAUAUCGGAUUUCUGGCGCUCAGAAGAAUAAAGGGCUGAUGUACACAAUUAAUGGCUACAUUAAUGGUUCCUUACCAGAUCUGAAUAUUUGCAAAAACAAAUAUGUCAGUUGGCAUUUAUUAGCUAUGGGCUCUACACUGGACCAGUACUCCAUUUACUUUGGUGGAUAUGGCCUUCUACUGCAUGACCACAGAGUUGUGUCCGUUGAACUGGCUCCAACAGCAUUUGCAACAGCUGAGAUGUUGCCCAGUUAUGAGAAUGAAUGGUUAUUGAGCUGUCAAAAUCCAAGCCAUCAACAAGCUGGAAUGACAGCCUACUUUAACAUAAAGGGAAUCUGCAAGGAUGACAGUGCGUCCCAUCAGAAAAUGACUGAAUCAGAAAAGGCAGAGGAUUAUUUUAAUAAUGAAACAUAUGAUGACGAGGAAGGCAAUGAACAGGUCUUUAAGAUGACAAUUAAAUACAUGUUACGGACAACUGUUACCAAAAGUAGGUCAAUGGAAUGGAUUUACUUCAUUGCUGCUGAGGAGUGUGAUUGGGAUUAUGCUCCAACCAUUCCAAGUGACGUGAGCAGAAACUUAAGAGAGAAGUAUCUGGAAAAGGGGCCACACCGCAUUGGAAAGAAGUAUAAAAAGGCUGUUUACGUUGAGUAUACUGACCAUACCUUUACAGUUGUUAAACAUAAACCGAAUGCAGAGUCAUCAAAAGGGAUUCUGGGCCCAGUUCUACGUGGAGAAGUUGGAGAUCGCUUUAAGAUCGUCUUUAAGAAUCUUGCCAGCAGAACAUAUAAUAUUAUUCCACAUGGACUGACAAAAUUAAAGAUGGAUGAUGCUGAAGAUAUCAAUGUCAGAAAUCAUGUUGUUAAGCCCAAUGAAACGGUUACCUAUGUCUGGACUGUGACACAAAGUGAUGGACCCACCGGCUCGGAUCUGGGCUGCCUGACCCGAUUUUACUACAGCAACGUGGAUAUGGAUCGUGAUAUAGCCUCCGGGCUCCUGGGACCUCUCUUGAUCUGUGCCAAAAAUAUGAUAGAUUCCUUUGCGAGACCGGUCAAGAUUGACCAAGCUAAGUAUCUCUACUUUUCUCUGUUUGAUGAGAAUAAAAGUUGGUACAUAAACAAAAAUAUUGAGAAAUACUGUGAAGACCCUUUGCAAGUGAACCCGGAUGAUCCUGAAUUUUACGCUUCCAAUCUAAUGUACAGUAUUAAUGGGUUUGUAUUUGAAAAUGUCCCCAAAUUGAAGUUUUGCAUGAAUGAACUGAUUUUUUGGCAUGUAAUACUUGGCGCCCAAGAGAAGUUUCUUUCAAUCUACUUCCAUGGACAAACAUUUAAAUAUGAUGGUGUGUAUGCGGACGUGUUAACUCUCUUCCCAUUUUCCAGUGAAACAAUCCAUAUGGACAUGGAUAACAUUGGUUCCUGGGUCCUGGAACCUCUCAACCAUCAUUACCAAAUUCAAGGAAUGCGGGCAAAAUACAGUGUUCGUAACUGUGACAAUGAUCCAGAGAACUUUGAAGACAUUUUUAUAGAAAUUGAUUCGAAAGAAGGUGAUCUUGACCUUGCACAUGGAAGUAUACUUAGAGAUGAAAUAAGAAGCCCUGUUGCCGCACCACGUGGAAUCAAAGGAUACAGCAAUAAUCUAACUGACUUUUAUGAAGCAAUUGAUGUGGAGGAAAAAAUUAAUGUUACAGAUAAUGAACAAAACACAACUGAGAUAGAUCCAGUGUGGUCUCAUUGCAAGCAAUGGCAAUAUCCUGAUUUAGGGAAACAGUUAAGGAAGGUAAAGAAAGGCAUUCAAUUGCUAAAUGAUGGGAUUGACAAACAUAUUUCCAAACACGACAAUGAUCUGAAUCGAACAGUUAAAAAGGAUUUCUAUGUCCCGCCUAAAACUGGCAAAGAUCCAAUCAUAAUAGAAUCUGAAAAGAUUUACAAUAACUCUUUGUUCUACAAGCUCAGCAGAGUUAACAAUGAGGAUAUUGAUGAGUUAGUUAAAGCAAAAUUCAGCUCAUACAGCCCUAUUCAGUCAAACAGAAUGAGAGAGAUAACAUUACAUGACCUUCUGAAAUCUAACCUGACCUCUGCUGGAGUUAUCAGUAAAAUAAAUUUGCUCUUUGCAAAUCAGACUCAUGAAAUGGAAGAUGCUUUAUCAAACAAACUGAAAACCAAUGAAAGCCAGAAGCUGUUGGAUAGGGUUACCAUGGACACCAACCCUCUCAAAACUAGCAAUGAAACAGAACAAAUGAAAUUCUUGGAGAAUGAAACAGAAAUAGAGUUUAUGGAGUCUUCAGAUAUAAGACUAAACCAGACGUUACUAGAUAAGAAUUCAACCACAGCAGCUAAAUUCAGUUCCAUACUGGCCGAGAACAUGUUGUUUGAUUAUGAUGACUAUGAAGAAGGAAGCUACAGUGGAGAAGGUGAUAAGUCCAACUAUAAUGAUAUGUAUGAUAUCAACAUCAGAAAGUUCUCUAACAGAGAGCUAUGCCUAGAAGAGGAGCCAAGGCAUGUUCUACGAACGUCCAAUUCACAAUCUAGAUACUAUUACAUUGCAGCAGUAGAGAUGGUGUGGGAUUAUGAAGGUGAUAAAGCAGAUGGAGCUUCUGAGUACAGCUGGAAACAGAAAUCACAGAGGCGAAUACUUGGCAGUAAAUUCAAGAAGGCCAUGUUUAUCCAAUAUAAAGACAGCAUGUUCAAACAACCUGUGAUCCGUGGAGAAAACGAAAAGCACUUGGGCAUUCUUGGACCUGUUAUCAGUGCCGAGAUCAAUGACAUAAUUGUGGUGAAGUUCAAGAACAUGGCCUCCAGACCCUUUUCUAUUCACGCUCAUGGUGUACCACGUGAAUUACCAAAUGAAUAUAUAUUUGAAGAGAAAGAGUUGAAAGACGGGCCAAGAAAGGAAGAAGAUAUUGCUAAUCCAAAUGAAACAAAGAACUACAUUUGGCGUGUAACAAAGGGAUCAGCACCCACUGAUAAGGAAUUUGACUGCAAAGCCUGGUCAUAUUACUCAGAUGUCAACCCAGAACGAGACAUCCACACAGGGUUGAUUGGUCCUUUGAUCAUCUGUAAAACAGGGACGUUGUACAAGAUCUCACAUGGGAUAUCAAAGAUUCAGGAAUUCUCUUUGCUUUUCAUGACUUUUGAUGAAACCAAAAGCUGGUUCUUGGAAGAUAACAUCCAUACGUUCUGCAGUUCUCCAUGUUAUCUCAAACGAGAGAGCACUGUAUUUCAAAACAGUAUGAAAUUUCAUGCGAUCAAUGGACAUGUGUCAGAAACACUACCAGGCCUGGUAAUGGCACAGAAUCGGUUAGUUCGCUGGUAUCUGCUAAGCAUUGAUGGAUCUGCUGAUAUUUACAGUGUGCAUUUCCAUGGACAGCCUUUUAUAAUGAAAAGAGCCAAAAUGCACAGGAUGGGAGUUUACACGUUACUGCCUGGCUUAUUUGGAACCAUUGAAAUGAACCCAACAAAAGUGGGCUACUGGCUUUUGGACUGCGAGACAGCUGAACAUCUGCAGAAAGGAAUGCGAGCCAUCUUCCUCGUCUAUAACUCCCAAUGCAAAGAGCCCCUGGGUCUUGAAGACGGAAGAAUAGCAGAUACACAGCUCACAGCUUCUGACCACAUAGGGAAAUGGACGGCUCAAUUAGCAAGGUUGCAUAAUUCUGCAUUCACUAAUGCGUGGCGAGGAAAGGGAAGGCGACCAUGGAUUCAGGUUGAUUUCAAAAAAACUAUGUUGAUUCAUGGGAUAAUUACCCAGGGAGCACGUCAUAUCUUUAGACAUUACUUUGUUGAUCAUUUCUAUAUCUCCUACAGUCUGGACACCCAUACGUGGAAAAAUUACAAAAGCAAUACCUCUUUAGACGUACAAAUAUUUAAAGGAAACAUUGAUGGAACUGGGCAAGUGAAGAAUUAUUUCAAUCCGCCGAUCAUAGCUCAGUAUGUCAGAGUAUAUCCAAAACCAAACGGAGGGCCGCUGGCACUACGAAUGGAGUUGCUGGGUUGUGACCUGCAGAGUUGUUCUUUGCCACUUGGAAUGGAGAAUGGGAUCAUUGAAGACCAUCAACUCAGUGCAUCCUCAUUCUGGGUUAGCUUUAGUGCCUGGACCCCGUCUUUGGCUCGUCUCAACCAGAGAGGGUUCACUAAUGCAUGGGUCCCAAAGAGCAACAAUCCACAUGAAUGGUUACAGAUUAACUUUCAACGGAGAAAACGGAUUACAGGGAUUAUAACCCAAGGUGCCAGCUACCUGAAACAGCCUAUGUUUGUGAAGGAGUACAUCAUCUCAUACAGUGAUAAUCGUAAAAGUUGGACUGUUAUUAAAGAUAGUUACAGCCUGGAAAAGAAGAUAUUUAAAGGAAACGUGGACAACAACGGCCAAAUUCAGAACACCUUUGACUAUCCCAUAUUUGCACAGUUUUUAAGAAUCAUUCCACAAACUUGGCAAAAAAACAUUGCCCUCCGCAUUGAAAUAUUGGGAUGUGAUACAGAGCAGAAAUAUUAAAGACAAAAAUAUAUGAAAAAGAUUUGAAUAAAAUGUAGCAAUAAAUAACCAGCCUUCCAAAUACUGUCUCCCUUUCUAGGUUUUAUGUCAUUGCACUGUUGAUCACAUUCAUUUUUGUUACCAAAGACUAAAGUGAAAUAUUAUUGUAGAUAAAUAUUAUAGAAUAUUCAGUGCAUUGUUUAAACUUUAAGUAACAAUUUCCUCAAGCAGCCACACUUUGCAAAAUCCCUCCUUCAUUAGUGUACAAGUGUGGGUUCCUUUAAGAAGUCAACACAAUAAGGUAUGCCCAGGGUUCUGAGACCAGGUUAAAUUUCCUACAUUUCCUCACUUGUAAACUUGUCUGAUGAUAUCUUACCCUCUACAAGCCUGCAUGAACAAUUCUUUGAACUCAAAGUGCCAAUUCAUACUGAAUCCACACACCUGCUUUCACAUUCUUUAAUCAUUUUCAAUUAUUUGGAAAUGUCCAGAACAGAGCCGCAGGGUGGAGUCAUUAUAGUAAUCACAUAUGAGCUGCCAAAACCAUAAUAACAAGUUUAACAUUGUAAUUGUGAAGCCAGUGGCAAACAAAACAAAGAUAACUGCUGACUACUUUAUGAAUCACACUUUUUCUGAUAAACAUUCACUACAAUCGAUAGCCUUUAACUUCCCUGUUGGAGUUGCCUGUACGACCUGGCAUUUUUGCGGUGUCAUCUGAAGUUUCAAAGGUGUGGGACAUUGUGGCAAGGCAUGUACAGGCUGAAUCGAGGCAGCGGUGUCUGGGUCCGAGAGCGGAGAAUGAGCCGUGUCUGGCCAUUGCUGGAGCAGCCAGAGCCUGGGCCCGAGAGUGAGGGAAGACCCGAGAUUUGAUCUAUUUGAACUCCAGGCCGAAUUAGAAAUGUUGGGUACAGGCCGAAUCGAGGCAGCGGGGACUGGGUCUGUGAGCGUAAUGAAGCGACAGGGCCUGGGUCCAAGAGUAAGGAAUGACCCGAGGUUUGCACGAUUUAAGCGCUGGGCUGGUUUGAAAAGGUCUGGGUGUCGGAAGUAGAGGUGAAGGGCAGACCAGUUCAGCUCGUUUCUCUGCAAGGUUUACUAGUCUCUGCACCGAACUGAGGCUAAAGCCUGUAACUAAUGAGCUUCUGAAUCGACUACUGGCUUCACGUCUGUGGACUGACUUUCAUGAACUUCAUGAAUGCUAUUUACUUAUUUUAAUUGUUUGCACAGUUAGUUUUUAUUCUACACAUUGAGUGUUUAAUGGUCUUUUUUAAUGGCUUCUAUUCGGUUUCUUUGUUUGGUGGCUGCCUGUAAGGAGAUGAAUCUCAAGGUUGUAUAUAGCAUGCAUACUUUGAUAAUAAAUGUACUUUGAACUUUAAA